AUGAGGUUUGGAAAAAAAGGGAAAUUAAGUCUGUUAGUUAUUGGACCCUUUAAAAUACUUGAGAGGGUGGGAGAAGUAGCCUAUAGACUUGCGUUACCACCAGCAUUGUCAAAUGUGCACGAUGUUUUCCAUAUUUCGUUGUUAAGAAAGUAUAUUCCAAAUCCUUCCCAUGUGUUGAAUUACGAGCCACUGGAGGUUGAGCAAGACAUAACAUAUGAAGAAAAGUCAAUCCAGAUUCUAGAUAGAAAAGAAAAAGAGUUAAGAAAUAAGAAGAUUUCUUUGGUAAAAGUGUUAUGGGGAAGUUCAAAUAUUGAAGAAAUAACAAGGGAAAGAGAAGAAGAAAUGAGAUCAAAGUAUCCAGACUUAUUUGGGUAA